UAUCAGGGCGCGCCGACUAGCGGCUCUUUGCCGCUGUGUGGAAGGCGGCAAUCCGCGCGUCACCGCGAACGCGACGAGGGAGCGACGGUCGGGCUCUGAGGAUGCUGCUCUUUGGAGUUUAUUGCAUUCGCUUAGGGAUCGUUUCUCAGAAUCAAGGAGUUAGAAGUAAGCUUUCAGAUAAGUGAGCCCCCCCAAAAAGUGCCGCUUUUGGACUCGGAAGGGGAAAAUGGAGCUGUCAGGAAUGAAAAAGAAGAGUUUGCUAGGAAUCAAAGAAAAUAAUAAAAAGUCCAGCACUAGGGCUCCCUCUCCUACCAAGCGCAAGGACCGUACAGAAGAAAAGUCCAAGGACAGGUCCAAAGACAAGCCAGCUACAAAGGAGUCGAGUGAAAAGGAUCGUGGGCGUGACAAAACUCGCAAGAGGCGCAGUGCCUCCAGUGGUAGUAGCAGCACCAGGUCUCGCUCCAGUUCCACAUCCAGUUCUGGUUCUAGCUCCAGCACCGGCUCCAGCAGUGGCUCCAGCUCCUCCUCCGCGUCAAGCCGCUCUGGGAGUUCGAGCACAUCCCGCAGUUCCAGCUCCAGCAGCUCCUCGGGUUCUCCAAGCCCAUCUCGACAUCGGCACGACAACAGGAGGCGUUCCCGUUCAAAGUCUAAACCGCCCAAGAGAGAUGAAAAGGAACGGAAGAGAAGGAGUCCAUCACCCAAACCUACCAAAGUACAUAUUGGCAGACUCACAAGAAAUGUGACUAAGGACCACAUAAUGGAAAUAUUUUCCUCUUAUGGAAAGAUCAAAAUGAUCGAUAUGCCAGUUGACAGACUCAACCCACACCUCUCAAAGGGUUAUGCAUAUGUAGAAUUUGAGAAUCCAGAUGAUGCUGAGAAGGCACUGAAGCACAUGGAUGGAGGGCAGAUUGAUGGUCAGGAGAUCACUGCCACGGCUGUCCUGACUCCUCGGCCCAGGAUGCCUCUCAGGCGUUUCACCCCUCCGCGGAGGAUGUUGCCGCCACCGCCCAUGUGGCGUCGUUCUCCACCUCGCAUGAGGAGAAGGUCCAGGUCUCCCAGGCGCAGAUCCCCAGUUCGCAGACGGUCACGAUCCAGAUCUCCAGGCCGCAGGCGUCACCGCAGCCGAUCCAGUUCCAACUCUUCCCGAUAAAAUGUGGGACUUGGCAGCUUCUUGUUUUUUGUUUUUGUUUUUUUUAAA